ACACAGGUACAAAUCGUGACGGAGACGAACAAACAUCGUUAAUGAACCUGUGAAUAGAAGCCGCGUGUGGCCAAUUUCAUAACCGGCCACAGCAGAUGUUUAAACGUAAAAGGAUAUAAGCCGAAGUAAAUAAUUGUCGACGUGAUAAAGAUAAUGAAUGUAAUCGUACCUGUAUAGAUAACUCUCCUGAAGAAGGAUAAUACGCAACUCCUCUGCUGACCUCCCGUACCCCGCACAUGACUUGAUGUUGGCCUUAUGCAGAGUUUUUUUCCCAAGCUGCAACAACAACAUACUUAGCGAUGAUGAAGCAGUGCCAGUCGUUUACGAAAAUCCUGUUGCUGAUUCAAAUCGAAGAUCUGAUCAUCUGAACUGGGCCGUAGAAGGGAACAUGAACGAUGAUGCUCGAGGGAGUCCUGGAAUUUACGAGCAAUAUGGGAGCGUGAGUCAUCAGAGGGCAGGCAGAAGUUAUUUACAAACAACGGGUAACCAUUACUCGGAAGACAACUGUACGCCCAGACCUUCGAUUACCACUCCCUCGCGACACUUGGGAUCGUCCGUCAGUGACCUCUCAGCAUGGAACGAAGCGCCGUACGAUGAAAGAAAACAGUCGGCUCACACGCCAAGCAGGUCCAGUGUUUCGCAAGACCACAAGACUUUUACCGAGCAGCAGAGCGAGCAGUUCUUCGCGCAUCUUUCAGGGUCAAAAGAUGGCGAAAAGAAGAUGAUCGAGACGCACCAGGAGUUGAAAGUUCUCGAAGACAACGUCAUAACAAAAGAACAAGAAAAAGAACUGAGAAGCGCGUCUCUCCCUGACUCUGUUAAGGGCAUGGAGGAUUUUUCUCUGGAAAGGAAUUUGUAUAGUCAAAGAGGAAUCGUUCCAAAAUCUGCCAGCUCCCCAGAGCUGUAUUCCCAGGCGACUCGUCAAUAUAAUGCUAUCCAAGAUGACAGUUCAGCAGGCAAGACGAAGCGGAAGGGGUCUCUCCUUUAUUCACCAAAUGCCAAGGAAGAAAUGUUAGGGUGUGGCAUGCUGUCUGUUUCAUCCGCUGGCGACGAGGGAUUCGAACGCAGCGCAACAAGCUUGUCAGACGAGAACGUUACCAGAACACCACAAUUCACACAGACCACAGAUUUCCAGACAAGACCUACACCAACCAGUCGAAACGUUUCCCAAGACAACAGGACGUUUAAACAAGGAAACAGGCAUCCUACUUCGCUUCCUUCAGGAUCGUUCAAAAGGAAGAGUGAAAGGGAGACGCGCCAAGAAGAUACACAACACAAGAAGUUCCAGAAGUUCUCGGAGACACGCCAAGAAGAUACACAACACAAGAAGUUCCAGAAGUUCUCGGAGACGCGCCAAGAAGAUACACAACACAAGAAGUUCCAGAAGUUCUCGGAGACGCGCCAAGAAGAUACACAACACAAGAAGUUCCAGAAGUUCUCGGAGACACGCCAAGAAGAUACACAACACAAGAAGUUCCAGAAGUUCUCGGGUCUACCAAACUUGGGCAACACGUGCUACAUGAACUGUGUGCUGCAGUGUUUAUAUCACACAACAGAGCUCACUGACAUCUUACUUUCCAAAAACGUGCAUAUUAAUCCCAACACCAAGACGAAAGGGGAGGUCACUAAGGCCUUUACAGAACUACUGAAGCACAUGAAAAACAACGCAAAUACAGAAGCUGCAUUAUCCGAACUUAAGUGGGUGGCCGGGAAGCAUGAUCCUGAGUUCUAUGGACCGAGGCAGCGAGAGGCUCACGAUUUCCUGUCGAUGAUGCUGACUUGGCUUAACAAGGAGCUUGGGGAGCAGGACACAGAAGAGUUGAAAAUCAAGCAGAUGACGAUUCCCAAUCUUCGUCCUUCGAUUCCAGUCGAUUUGUUCAACGGUAUUCACUGUUCAACAUUUGUUUGUGAGAAGAAAAAUAGGGUGUUUCUCACAAAAUACGAACCUUUCAGUAACCUGACUUUAGCUGUGAACAGUAUGAGCAGUAGCAUUGAGGACAUCUUCAAGGAGCAUUACAAGAAACAGAUGAUUAUAUGGAAAUGUAAAGUGUGCAACGAGGACCAUGAGUGUCGCCAUGAAACCAGGAUAUAUCGCCUGCCACGUGUGCUCAUAGUACAUCUUAGUAGGUACAACAGAUCCGCAAUCGGGACCUCGAGGAAGGCUGAAGUAUACCCGUCUCUCGUCCUUAACUUGGAUGCUCACCUGCACUAUGAGCUCAAAAGAGGACAGACGUACGAGCUGUAUGCUUUCUGCACCCACAUAGGGAGGAUGUCUGGCGGCCACUACAUAGCCCACCACAUGGACCGACCUGGCAGUUGGACCCUUUUUGACGACUCCUUUGUGCAGCAUGAUGUGUCUCCCAACAUCGAGAAAGCCCAUAUUUUGUUUUAUCGCGCCAAGGGAUUUGAUGGCACGUCUUAGCGAGGUUGGGCAGCGGUCGUUAGUGUGGCGUUGAUGUCGGAGUUUAGCACUUGUGGAGACAUCUACGUGCAAGCAGAAUUCUAGGUUGAAACAGAUAAAAAAACUCCCCCCAAAACACAUUCAUUUGUAACAUUUCUUGUGAGGAGCUGUAAUGAAAUGUUGAAGGCUGUAGAAAAAAAUGUAUUAGUUUAGAAAUCAUCUUUUGGUGCCGAAUCACGUGACGUUGACGACCAGAUGAUGCCAUUUCCCUGCGUCAUUAUAGUAUAACUAGACAAAAUAGCUAUUCCGCUAGAAAUAUAACUACCGUUGACCUUCUGG